AUGGCUCCCUCUCUGGAGGAUGCAACAGCGGCAUCUCUAGCUGCGCCAGCGAGGGCAGCGCCAAACCUUGUUGCACCUGAACCAGAACAUUGUCCCGGCCCUGAAUCUGAGCAGGCUGGCAAAAGCGAUGCUUGCGCCGGAUGUCCAAAUCAAUCCAUUUGCGCCUCCGCCCCCAAAGGACCAGAUCCAGACAUUCCCCUUAUCACCGCUCGUCUCUCUCAAAUAAAACACAAAAUUUUGGUGCUCUCAGGUAAAGGUGGCGUGGGAAAGUCGACAUUUUCCGCACUCCUCGCCCACGCUUUCGCAUCCAAUCCAGACUCGACGGUGGGCAUUAUGGAUACGGAUAUCUGUGGGCCAUCGAUCCCGAAGAUGAUGGGCGUCGAGGACGAAACGAUUCAUGUCAGCAAUGCCGGGUGGAGUCCAGUGUGGGUGACGGAUAAUCUAGGAGCCAUGAGCAUCCAGUUCAUGCUGCCCAACCGCGAUGACGCUGUGAUCUGGCGAGGUCCGAAGAAGAAUGGUUUGAUCAAGCAGUUUCUCAAGGACGUGGAAUGGGGGGAGCUGGACUAUCUGAUUGUCGACACUCCACCGGGGACGUCGGAUGAGCAUCUGUCGGUCAAUUCAUUCCUCAAAGAGUCUGGCGUGGAUGGCGCCGUGGUUGUCACCACACCUCAAGAGGUGUCCUUGCUAGAUGUGCGGAAGGAGAUCGAUUUCUGCCGCAAGGCGGGAAUCCGAAUCCUAGGCCUCGUGGAGAACAUGUCUGGUUUCGUCUGCCCGAACUGUACACAUGAAUCUCAGAUCUUCCGAGCCACGACGGGUGGAGGAAGACGACUGGCUAGGAAGAUGGGGAUCCCUUUUCUGGGAUCUGUUCCCCUGGACCCCCGGGUAGGAAUGGCCUGUGAUUAUGGAGAAAGCUUUGUGGACAACUUCCCGGACAGCCCGGCGUCGAAGGCGAUCAAGGCGGUUGUCCGGGCGGUUAGCAAGCAGGUUGGGGAGGACCCCAACCAUGUCCUACUGGAAGAGAUCGUGGUCUAA